AUGUCGAUUAACGCCUCUCUUCACGUAGGAAACGGUAUUGCUUGUCGUUUCUAUAACCACGAAGGCUGUAUCAAGGGCGACAAGUGCGCCUACUCGCAUUCUGCCGACUCUGAUAGUAUACAGGAUUCGCGGGGGAAGAACGUCUGCUUGCAAUUUCUCAAAGGCUACUGCCGAUUCGGCGACUAUAAGUGCCGUUACUCUCACUCACGCAACCACCUCACGCAGGAGGACAUAGACUCCGCCUCCGCCACUCCCGCAGCCUCAGAAAAGGUUACACCUGAGGCCUCCAAGGUCUCCUCCGAUGUGCCCGAGAAGAAGUCAAAGAAAAAAGGGAAGAAAACCUCCAGUGGCAAAACCCACGCCCCUCGGACGGCGAAUCGCUUCCGCCAAGACUUUGGGGGUGACCUCGAUUGGGAUUUCGAAAAUGAAAUGGAAGAGAGGAUGAACAAUAACGGAUUCACUGACGAUGAAGUGCAGGAGUUGUUGUGCCAGGGUGUCAAGCCAUGGGACGAUGAUGCUAGGGAUGUCCUCAACUUCCUGUACAGCUGCUCUUAG